UAUCAGGACUGAAAUUCCUGCGGGGAAUAAGACUUGCAGCCAGCGAGGAGUGUACCGCCCCGGUGUGUGUGUCAUCACUCUCAGGUGUGUGUGUGUGUGUGUGUGUGUCAUCACUCUCAGGUGUGUGUGUGUGAGAGAGAGAGAGAGAGAGCCCCACCUAUGGACUAAAAAGUUUGAGUCAGGAUGCAAGUUUGUCCCUGAAAGCCAAGGUGAGAACAAUGCUAGCAGAUUACAGGUGUUUCAGGGUGCGAGCGUACACAAACAGGAAGCAGAAGAUGGCGUUCCACCUCCCCCUCCUCCUGGUCUUCCUCGGCCACGCCCCCUGGCCAGGUUCUUGUCAGCCACCGCCGGCCAACGUCAGCACCACGACGUCGCCCGCCUCCAACGUCUCCACCCAGAAGGUUCCGGGCUGCGGCGCGGACUUGGACCCCGCCUACAGGUUCCUGUGCGACCGGGAGGCGGCGUGGGGCAUCGUCCUGGAGACCCUGGCCGCCUCAGGCUUCCUGUUCAGCGCCCUCCUCCUGCUGGGCCUGCUCCUCUGGUCCUUGUGGGUCUGCGUCUCCUUGCGGAACCAGCGCAGCAACAUCGGCGGGACGGUGGCCUGCAUGUCCCUGUUCCUGUCGGCCACCGCCGGCAUCUUCGCCGUCACCUUCGCCUUCAUCGUCCGCCUGGGCCCCGAGACCUGUCCCACCAGGGUCUUCCUUUUCGGGGUCUUCUUCUCGCUGGCCUUCUCCUGCCUGCUGGCCCGCUGCCUGGCUAUGCUGGGCUUCGCCGCCGCCCGCGGCUGGGGGGAGGCCGGCAUGGCACUGGGGCUCUUCACGGUGCAGGUGAUCAUCUCCAGCGAGUGGCUGAUCCUGGUCUUGGUGCGGGACCGGCUGCCCUGCCAGUACAGCCAGGAGGAGUUUGUCAUGCUGCAGAUUUACGUCAUGUGCCUCCUGGCCAUCAGCUUGGUCCUGGCCAUGCACUUCCUGUGGCGUUCCUGCGCCACCUACAGCUACAGCUACGCCGGCGCCAGCCACCAGCAGAGCCGGCAGCAGGCCGUGCUGCUCUUCCUCACGCUGGCGCUCUCCGCCGGCAUCUGGGUGGCGUGGGUCACCAUGCUGAUCAGGGGGAACCCGAAGCUGGACCGCCGCCCGCAGUGGGACGACCCGCUGCUCGCCAUUGCGCUGGUGGCCAACGGCUGGGUGCUGUUGAUGGGCCACGGCUUGUCGCAGGCCGCCUUCCUCUGCCAGGGCGAGGCCAAGUCCAAGGAGUACCCGCUGAGCUUCGAGGGGUGGACCAGUCCCAGUGCCGACAUCCCAGGACUCAACAGCCCCAAAGGGGGAAAUGAGAACGGAAGCUUUGAGAACGAGCCGGAAAACCGAAGAGGCAGACGAGUGGACGCCUCGCUGAGAUCGCCGUAUGAAUCUGGCUUCUCCAUGACGGAAGUGGCGGGCGGUAAAGAUUACAGCAUUCCUCGGCCUCAGAGCACCAACCUCACAGAACCUUACGACGACUACUACGGACCCCUGUGACCAGCGCACACAAACACACGGCGAGAACGUCCCGAGUGCAUUUCAUGUAAAUACUUCUCACUUUUUCACCAGGAAUGUAGUUUUUUUAUCCAAUGUAGAGGAAAAGAAUCAUUUUGCAAUGCCGUCUGCUGAAAAUGAUGGAAAGUGCCACGCCCCUAAGUUUGAAUUGCCACAAAAGGUAUUUUAAGCUGUUCGACACUCUGGCGUCAUGUUUCGUGUGUCAGGUAAACCACGGUGAACUGUAUAUAUAUAUGUAUAUAUAUAUAUAUAUAUAUAUAUAUACUCAGGUAAAAGCUAAAUAAAAAGGUAUAAAGGUAUUGUAACAACAAUGUCUCCCACAGGACUGCAAUCUGGGGUGGUGGGUUGCUCAAUUGGCAAAUUGGCCAUCAGCAUGUACAUGUAUUUUUUGUGUUGCAAAAAAAUAAAUAAAUAAAGAUUUUAAGAAUAAAAAAACAUUUUUAAAUGUCGCAAAUAAGAUGGAGCUGCCCGUGAAUGUAGGCUAUAUCGGCAUUAUUUUUUAAAUAUUAUUUUAUUAUUAUUUUGUUAUUGUUGUUAUUAUUAUUAUAAUUAUUGUUAUCAUUUUUGUUUUUAUUAUUUGAGUAUUAAUAUUAUAUUAUUAUUUCUAUUAUAUUAUUAUUAUUGACUGUUAUUGUUUUGAUUAUUAUUAUUGUUUUUUUUUUUUCAUUAUUACUCGGACCAAACGUGGUAUGAUGAAUUGCCUUAGUUCCUAUAUUCCCUAAAGGCAACAGAGAACAGUCAACAACACCCAGCUCUGGCCCAAAACUCUGACACUAAAAACAAAACAGAUGAAACUAAAAAAUAAAAAAUAAAAAAAUUUAAAUUAAAAAUCCUAAACAUGAAAAUAUAUUUUUUUAUAUAGAAAAUUGUAUUUCAUUUAAGUUGAAUUUUUUUGGGUGUAUUUAUUUAUAUUUUGAAUGCACUGAUGUGUUUUUCAGAGUAAAACUUACAUAGCUCCAUACUCUGGUUGCUUUUACUUUAAAAAAAAAAAAAAAGAGAUGUUGGAAUAGUGGCUCAAGUCAAUAAGUUGGCAACAUUCCUGCUGUGUCUUCUCAUUCUCUGGCAGACCAGGAGCGUAUGAGGUGAGAUGCCGUCUACUGUACAUAGUUAAAAUGACAGUCCCAUCAUAGUGUGUUUAAUCUACUGAGAGGCAAAGCAGUGUUUAAAACUGGCAUUUUUAUAGCAACAAACUCAUUGUUUUUCAAGUCUAAUUUACAUAAUUGGCCAUGAGGUAUGUGCAUGACAUUUUUAUGAAAAUGUUUGCAAAAAACAAAACAUGUAAAGGAAAAAAAUAAUAAUAAUAAAGUUUAUGCUGUUGCUUUUGUAUGAUGUGUAUGGAGCUAGAUGUUGGCUUACAUUGAAUUGCCUUAGUUCCUACGUUCCCUGAAGGCAACACGACAGAGGACUGUCUUGAUUCACACUCUCUGAAGUCUCAAACAAAAAUAAAACUAUCACAACAUGAUUUUAGGGUGAAAAAACUACAUCUCAAUUAUGAAAAUAUUUUUAAAAUGUGUGAAUUUUACUGGCAUUUAAGCUUUUUCUUUGGUGUUUCUAUUUAUUUUUUCCAAAUAAAACUCACAUAGCUUUAAAAGGUGUUGUAGUCAUAAAAAGAAAUAUGUGCUAAAAACGUUGGGAAUCCACAAAAGUUUUGAUACACCAAAAAAGGUACAAAAGUUUUCAUACACUAAAAAAGGCACAAAAGUUUUCAUACACCAAAAAAGGUCGUUAAACUAAUCGCUUGUACAUUUCUUUUGGGAAAGGAAAAAAAAACAAGAGAGAGAUGUUGGAAUACUGAUCACUCCUGCUGUGUCAUCUUAUUCUCUGGCAGACCAGGGGCGUACGAGGGUGAUGACGACGUACAGUCCUAUCAUAAUGUGUUCAAUCUACCUUGACAAAGAAAUGAAUGUAUGGUAAACAUUUCUGAGUGAAUAAUUCCAAGAAAGAAGAGUAGACAAUGCACUGCUUUUUUUUUGUGUUAGGAAUGUUGGUCAAAAGAGCAACAAAAUAAAUGUCAUAUUUUUGACCGACAUCCUUCAAAGCUGCAUUUACAUCUCCAAAGGUGUGAAAGUGACAAGGGUGAAGAACAUCUACAUAUUCAAAUGUGCAUCCUUCAAUUAAAACAAACCACCUUUGCUAUUUAAAAAAAAUAAAAUAAAAUAAAAAUGACAGCAUUUGUUCUCUCCCGUUGCUAUGGUAACGCGAGAUCAUGUGACCUGCGGUGGGGUGACUACAAGAAUCAUAACUCCACUACCACCAAGCUUCACUUCCUAAUAGUAAAAACAUCAUUUUAAAAACCUUGAGUUUCAGUGAUCCGGAUCAUCCCCGAAAUCGUUUUAUCCCACAUUUCCUGAAACUUUCCACCAAUAACUUUUGGAGUUAAACAUUUUUAUUUGUGUUUAUGUGCUUUUUGUAACAUCUUUUUAAGUGAAAAGAGGAAACAUUUGCACAUUUCCUCAUCAAAUUAAUUAAAUUUGACAUGAGGCCUUUAUUUUGGAAGGGUCAUUUGUGUCUUGAUUGCCAAAUAAAUGAAUUGAUGAAACAGUU